GGGAAGUACAGGGCAAACUCAAGUGCUUCGAGGUGAACGGAGAGCCAUUUGUUCACGAUGUUAUGGGCCUGUCCCCUUCCAUACGCAUUCAUAUGAAGAAUAGCAAAGGCACCAGCAUGACAUUAGAGACCAUUUACGGACACGCGCGCAAGUAUGGUCAUAUCCGCAAUAUCGAGCCGCAUACCCCUUACACAGAUAAGGUGUACGUCACGUAUCACCGGUCCAUAGACGCUGCUGCAGCGAUGAAGUGCAUGAACAGGAUCCCCAUACAGAGCAUCGUACCGGAGGCGAACGGACAACUGCCCACACUCUGCAUGGUAUACGAACCUCCAAUCAGAUUCAAUGUGUGGAACUUUGUCAUGAAUCAUACCAAGUUGGUGGUGCCUGCGGUCAUUGCGGUGACUGGGUUUCUGAGCUACACACUGUUUGAGCCCAUACGCGUGUGGUUUGUGGAGCAGAAUAUACGAUACUUCACUAAGCUGCGCAAGACGUACGCAAAGGGCAUGAACAUGCUGGGCAAUACCACAACGCAGCUCACACAGUACUUUGGCUAUCGGGGCGUGUCUGGAGACGAGGACAAAGGUGGUGUAUCUGAGCAGAAGCUCCGUCUCGCUGAGGCUAUCGGCAGCAUAGCCGAGGAGCUCACAGAACGGGUCAAUGAGUCCUUUAUUGAGGAUUCAGGUGCACUGGUGGUGAUUGCAGGGCCGCCUGGAAGCGGAAAGUCCUUUGUGGCCCACCAUCUGAUUGAGAAUGCGUCGCACAUGCUGUUCAUCGACUUCAGCGAUCACACGGUACGAGGGCAGCCCAAUAGCUCAUACAUCGAGAGCAAGCUGAUCCGAAGCACAGGCUACUUCCCGUCCGUGCUGUGGAUGAACCGUCUAGUGAAGCUGAGUGAAGGCAUUGCCACUGCCACCAUGGGCAUCAAGACAGAGGGCCUCAGCAGCACAUCUCUAGACAGCACUCGGUCUAUCCUCAACACACUAACCAACGCACUUGUCAAGUUCAGGGCCGCUCACCCCCAAACCGACGACGAGUUGUUGGAGAUGGCAGUAGAAGAGACAGAUACCGGUGAGGGUGAGCAAGAGGGUAUGGCUGGAGCCACGGAAAGUGUGCUGGGUGAUGAGAAGGCCGACAAGGAGAAAGGGGUGUUGGACACUGUAUUGAGUCGCUUCAGAGCGUACGAGGAAAUAGGUAAAGUUGAGAAGCCAGCGGACGGGGUACUGGAGACGGUAGCAGGCUAUACCCACACAGUCACUGAUCCUAUCGUUACUCUAGCCGCCCCGAUUACCAAUCUGGUGAGCGGAUCCAAUUCUGCGAAGGAGGAGACGAACAAGGACGAGAUGGCCCAAAAAAGGGCUGCCCCAAAACCAAAAGUGAAGGGCGUUCCCACAGGCGUGGUGAUUGUGAUUGAGGGUCUGGAUAGGAACUUGACAGAUAAGUUCCCGUGGUUGAUGGAUGUGUUGUUUGAGUGGGUGUCACAGAUGAAUUUACAACACGCGGAUUGCGCGCGCGUUGUCAUGGUAACGAGCGACUCGCAACUGGCCGAAGACGCGGCCAAUGCUAUGGCAACGCCGGUCCACUUGGUACCCAUGCGCGACUUGCCGGUGGAUCAAGCUGCAGAGUUGUUAAGCAGCCUUAGUACCAGGGAUGUUUCAAAGGACAAGCUCAAACGGGCCAUAGGGACCAUUGGGGGACGGUUUAAUGAUAUUCAACUCCUGAGUAAGCGUAUCAAUGUGGGGAUGGACGUGGAGAGUGCAACAGUCAUGAUGGUGGAGGAGGCCGUCGACUUCCUGCGCAACCACGGACUGAGUAUAUCUCCGCUGGGCAAAGGCAAGGCCAAUGCCUGGACUGUCGAGCAGAUGUGGUACAUCAUCACCAAGCUGGCAGAGAACGACAGUGUGCCUCUUGACGAAGUGCUGUUCUCGCCCUUGUUUGGCGGUGACAUGCAGCCUAUCCGCGCGAUGGUUGAGCAGCGGAUGCUGACUGUGGAGGGUCCGCAUGACAGCCACAACAAGUACUUGGUCAAGCCUAUACGGCCUGUACUAGGGGCCGCGUGUAAGGAGCUGGUUAAGGACGAGCGCCUGAGCAAGGCGAUGACAGGGAAGAUGUAUGCCACUCAGAUAAACAAGGUUAACACGACCAUGCAGCAGCUGGAAGACGAGAUGCAGAAGUUGCUGGCUCUGGGUGCGGGUGCGUGGACGGGCAACGGCACGGCUCUGAAUGAUCGGUUGAAGUAUGUCACCGAGCAGAUCAGUGCACAGUCCAAGAAGAUGCGUGACUUGCAGGCGCGCAAGCCACUCUGAGGAUAUGCGGCAACAGGAACCACGUGAAAGAAUUAGUGUAUACGUACAGAAGGUUGGAUUGGGAGUGCACGUAUUGGGGGUUACUGUUGGGCUUUACUAUCUGCGGUCGAGGUGAUUGUAUGCGUGUAUGUCCUAUGUCGAUCUGUGAGUUGCAGAGCAUGGCCUGAACUUGCACAGCUCAACAUGGAAGCUUAGCGGAGCAUGGUAUAUGCUUCUAUCCCGAGCCUACUUUUUCGAUUGUGUUCGAAAGCUGAGCACUCUUUGUACCCGUUGUGUCGAUUAUGUCGUCCAACAAUAGGGCAGAAACAUGCUAUGACAAUUACUGCUUGAUACUGACUCAGGAAGUUGAUGUAGAAGUUUACACAAACUUUAGCGGCCACUGUGUGAGUGUGGGGUGUUGGUUGUGGGUUGUUCAAUGACGACGUGCGCUUGUCUGGCGAUAAGAAGUACACCAAAUGCGCUCUAACAAAGCCUCUGGUGUGUAUGGUGUUCAGUCCUGUAUAGACCCUGCUUCUGCAUGGAAGCCUCUUUCUGCAAGCUCAUCAGGGACUACUUGUUACACGGAGUGUAAAAGAAUUACAUAUGUCAUAUCUAAUAUCUGAAGUGAUUUCUGCAGCGGGAAGGCUACAAUUUCUCGUGUGGGCUGCCAUGAUGGAUGUGCAGUAGUAGACUUGUCUGCUCACUCCGGCAACGCUAUCUCACUAUGCGCAAGUCUACAGCUACCACGUGAAUACAAAUGCGUGAAGCUUAAUAAAAUUCGCAUCGAAUAUAUCAAA